AUGUCCCACGCCGCUUUGCAUUGGUUGACCCAGUUGAACACCGCCGAAACUCCAGACAAGGUUUUGCGCCGUUCGUCCAUCGUCGGUACCAUUGGUCCAAAGACCAACAGCGCUGAAGUGAUGGUGAAGUUGAGAAAGGCUGGUCUUAACAUUGUCAGAAUGAACUUUUCUCAUGGCUCGUACGAGUACCACCAGAGCGUCAUUGACAACGCCAGAAAGUCGGAGGAGUUGUACAGAGGUCGUCCAUUGGCCAUUGCUUUGGACACCAAGGGUCCUGAGAUCAGAACCGGUACCACCAUCGAUGAGAAGGACUACCCUAUCCCACCAAACCACGAGAUGAUCUUCACCACUGACGAGGCUUACCUUAAGAAGUCUGACGACAAGGUCAUGUACAUUGACUACAAGAACAUCACCAAGGUGAUCUCCAAGGGUAAGAUCAUCUUUGUUGACGACGGUGUCUUGUCUUUCGAGGUGCUUGAGGUUGUUGACGACCAGACCUUGAAGGUCAAGUCUGUCAACGCUGGUAAGAUCUGUUCCCACAAGGGUGUCAACUUGCCAGGCACUGACGUUGACUUGCCAGCUUUGUCUGAGAAGGACAAGGCUGACAUCAAGUUUGGUGUCAAGAACGGUGUCCACAUGGUGUUCGCCUCUUUCAUCAGAUCUGGUGACGACAUCAGAGAGAUCAGAAAGGUCUUGGGUGAAGAGGGUAAGGACAUUCAGAUCAUUUCUAAGAUCGAGAAUCAGCAGGGUGUUAACAACUUUGACGAUAUCUUGACCGAGACCGAUGGUGUCAUGGUUGCCAGAGGUGACUUGGGUAUUGAGAUCCCAGCUCCUCAGGUUUUCGUUGUCCAGAAGCAAUUGAUUGCCAAGUGUAACUUGGCCGCCAAGCCUGUCAUCUGUGCUACCCAGAUGUUGGAGUCUAUGACCUACAACCCAAGACCAACCAGAGCUGAAGUCUCUGACGUUGGUAACGCUAUCUUGGACGGUGCUGACUGUGUCAUGUUGUCCGGUGAGACCGCCAAGGGUAACUACCCAUUCGAGGCUGUUUCCAUGAUGCACAACACUGCCAUCAUUGCCGAGAAGGCCAUCUCCUACUUGCCAUUGUUCAACGAAAUCAGAACUUUGGCCAUCAAGCCUACUGCUACUACUGAGACCUGUGCCAUUGCUGCCGUCUCUGCCGCUUACGAGCAAGAUGCCAAGGCCAUUGUUGUCUUGUCUACCAGUGGUACCACUUGUAGAUUGGUCUCCAAGUACAAGCCUAACGUGCCAAUCAUGAUGGUUACCAGAAACCCAAGAUCCGCCAGAUACUCUCACUUGUACAGAGGUGUCUACCCAUUCGUCUACGACAAGCCAAAGGUUGAGAACUGGCAGGAGGACGUUGAGAACAGAUUGAGAUGGGCUGUUGCCGACGCUGUCGACUUGGGUAUCAUCAAGAAGGGUGACGCCAUUGUCACUGUCCAGGGAUGGACCAGAGGUUCUGGCCACUCCAACACUGUGAGAAUUGUCCAGGCUUAA